AUGACAGUAAAACUCUUUCUUUCAGUAUGCUUCACAGACCCACAAGUCAGUCAAUAUUGUAUGGGGAUGGAUUCGUACAAAUACUUCUUCGACGACCGAACAGGACAAUGUGUGUACAAAUUAGGAUGUGCUUUCUCUGGAUUUCCAACGAUGACAGAAUGCAAAAAAGAAUGCCUGUGUAGACAACCAAUAUCAGAGGGUGCACAAACAGGUGGACCAAAUUGUGAACAAGAGGUCAUGCGAUGGAUGGCUGUUGGGGAAGCUUGUGUGCAAAAGCCCUAUACUGGAUGUGGUGGAAAUGGCAAUAAUUUUAAAACCCAAGGUGAAUGUCAAUCGGUGUGUAAUCCCAGGGAGAUGGAGUCGCUCAUGGGAUUCGAUAUGCCAUCCUUUAAUGAUAUGCCAUUCGCACUUCCACCGGGAUCGUUUGGUAGCGGUAUGGCAUACCCAGGAACACCUAUCGGUGGAAAGUUUGGUGGUCCUCAAAGCCGUCCUCCGGCUGGUCGUGGUCCACCACCAAAACGAUCAAGAAAACCCCCUAAAAAUAGUAGGAAAAAACCGCCACCAAAACGCAAGGGUGGAAAAGGUAAGCGACCACCAGCCAAUAGAAGACCCCCGCCACCUCGCAGAAACAAUCGUCCGCCACCUCCCGGUGGUAAUAGACCACCGCCUCCAAGGGGUGGUUCUCAUUCCAAUGGCAAUUGGAGACCACCAAACGGAGGAUGGCAUCCUCCAAGAAAUGGACGACCACCUCCUGGAAAUCAAGGACAAUGGAAUCCACCUAGUAAUAGACGUAGGAGACCCCCGCCACCACGAAGAAAUGGAAUACCACCUCCUUGGGCUAGAAACAGUGUUCCUGACGGUGGAAUACAUCAACAAUCAAAUGGUCCCAACUCAAAUCCAAAUGCCCCACCACCACGUCAACCAAACGCCCCACCACCACGUCAACCAAACGCCCCACCACCACGUCAACCAAACGCCCCACCACCUCGUCAACCAAACGCCCCACCACAAAAUCCGCCUAAUUUUCAUCCACCUCAACCUAACUUUCAGUCCAACAACCCUCCACCUAGACCCAAAGCUCAGAGACCUAACAAUGUUCCACUUCAAUCCAAUGCUCAAGCAAAGCCUUUAGACUCUGCAACUCAAGUUCCACCGCCAACUUCCCCAUUCCCAGAUUAUCCGAUAGUCACCCAAGGGUGGAAUGAUCCAUUUUCAUGGCUGUUAUACUAG